UCAUAAAAUGUGAUUGAUGCACAAACAGCCACCAAAGUGCUUUUAUUUUGACAUGAAGUACUAUGGAGUACAGGCAGCGGGAGAGGAUGGUUGUCUUGACGCUUGACAUUCUGACGUACGCUGGAGCGUCUAUCAUCGACAGUGCAGCUAUUCAAGCAUCAUGGCGGAGGAGGCUAAGCUAAGCUGUUACGAUGGCAGCCAUGUAGACAAUUUUGAGUUCUACCUGCAACACUCGGGCGAACACGAAGCCAUUCUCCAUUUCCUCAUGAAACACUUGCAGGAAGAAUUCAAAAGAAUUGCAGCAGGCAAAAGUGUCCUGGCUGUUCUCGGUGUGGGAAGUGGUGGAGGUCAAGUGGAUGUCCAGAUGCUGUCUCUCAUGCAGUCCACUUUCUCCGCUCUUCCCAUCACUGCUGACAUCGUGGAAGGAAGCACCGAACUGGUUGCCAAAUUCAAAGGUUUGGUGAUGAAGACUGAUAACCUUCAGAAGAUUCCAUUCGUUUGGCAUACCAUGCCAAGUGAGGAGUAUAUAGAGAAAGCCAAGGGAAGAGGAGACGUGAAGACAUUUGACUUCAUACACAUGAUCCAGAUGCUGUACUAUGUGGACGACUUGACAGAAACAAUCAAAUUCUACCACAGCCUUCUGAACAAGAAUGGCAGGCUCAUGAUCAUCAUAGAAAGCGCCACUUCAGGCUGGGACACCCUAUGGAGGACUUUCCCAAAAGAGUUGUGCAAUGAGAUGCUCCCCGAGUAUCAUUCAUCUUCAGACGUCUUGGCCUCCCUGAAGAGUCUGGGUCUGAAAUACGAGGAGCAUUGCAUCCCCAACACCUUUGACAUCACUGAGUGCUUCGAUCCAAACAGCAAGACUGGACAACGUCUGAUUAGUUUCAUGACAGGCAGAGAACAUUUCUACCAGUCGUUCACACCACAAAUAAGAGCUGAAAUACUAAACCUUCUCAGGAGCAGGUGUGGCACAGAAAAAGAGGGCAAAGUGUAUUUCAACAGCAACCUGAGCUGUAUAUUUGUUCACGCUUGAACCUGUUUCGCUCUGAUUAUCACUAAUCCACUAAACUGACCAUGUACUCAAAUGCUAUUAAAAAUAAUUUGCAGAAUUUAUUUUAGCGCUGCGACGAUUAAUCAACAAUCCAGUUAAUCGACAACUAAAAGCGAUACUACAAAUAGCUAUGGCUGUUGCUGUCCAGCAAAGGCCAUAUCAACUUGCUACCUGCUACAUUUUCUUGUGUGAAGUAAAAUUGUAAUUUGCAGUAACCAUCA